AGCCCUACAGCUCUCUUAAUAAAUACACACUGUUUUGUCUUGACACUACAAUUUAAGUCGACCCUUUACCCUGCAAAUUUCUCAGACCAUGGCGCCUUCAAAGUGGGACGAUGAAGAGGAGAGCACACCUCCUUCCACCCCGCCGCCAUUCGUGGCAAGACGCAAGUUUGACGAUGAGGAAGAUAGUGACGAGGUUCUAGAUUCCUGGGACGCCGCCGAAGAUUCGGAAGUCGAGCGAGAGAAGGAAGCAAAAGCAGCUGCAGCUAAAGCCAAGGCUGAAGCUGAAGCCGCCGCGCAGAAGAAAUCAAAAGCGCAAAGAAUAGCAGAACAUAAAGCCCGGCGCGCCCUUGACGAGGAAGAAUCGAGCGAGGAGGAAGAUGCUGCGGAACAGCGGGCGCGGCUGAGACGGACGGAGAAGGAGUCCGAUCUCAAGCACGCGCAGGAUCUUAUCGGCGAUAUCGAUCUCAACCGGAACCGGUCAGCGCCCAAGGCGACCGUCAUUUCUGACCCGAAUGACCCUACCAAAUCUAUCGAUAUCUCUGCCAUGCCGCUCUUCAAGCCGGGAACCAAGGCGCAGUUCACCACUCUCACAGAGACCCUCGCUCCUCUACUAGCCGCCCAAUCCAAGAAGCCGCAAUACUCUAUCUGGGUCCAAGAGUUUACGAAGCGGCUUGUAAAGGAGCUCCCCAGUUCGGAAAUCAAGAAGGUGGCAAGCGCUUUGACCGCCGCUAGCAACGAGAAACUCAAAGAGGAAAAGGCCGCUGACAAGGGCGGGAAGAAGAGCAAGGCAGCCAAGACCAAGACAAGUCUCGUCACCACUCACUCGAACCGCGCGGAUCUCACAGCGUACGAUGGCGAUGAGCUGGACGAUGAUGACUUUAUGUGAUGCCCCUCCCUUAAUUUUUUUUCUUUUUUUUCUUCUUUUCUUUUUCCCAUUUCCAUUUCCCUCCACCACCAUACCCUUACUCGAUUCCAGACGUGUUUGCUUGGGUUAUUGUUUAUCUCGAAGAUUUCGUUUCGUUAUUCUACAGCAGGCUAGUAGUAUGGGCAUGGCAUGGCAUGGCAAUUUAGAAUUUCGCGCACGCAACAAAAAUUGGUAACUAUUCAGAUCACUAGCUCGUCUGCGGGAAUGACCCAUUCCUCCAGGUAUAUACGAUUUGAAGAGCUUUAAUAUAAAACGUUUUAGAGCGAC